CAAAAAAACCUCAAACCCGAAAAGAACAUAGCAGAAAAAACAGAGAGAAUCUCUCUGUAUAUCUCGAGACAGCUGCGUAUUCUGAAAACACAACACACACAUCAAAGACCAAACAAUUGACUACCAAACAAAAACAUUUUUUUUUUAUUUUCUUUUGCAAUAAUGGAAAUUCAUUUAAAACGACCCAUCAAAUUCAAAACUCAGAUCUCCAUAAAAGAAACAUCAUCAACGAUCACAACUCACAACCGUAGCCAUUGUCUAAUCAAAGUCAAUAUGUAAAAGCUUUUUUUUUUUUUUGAUAACCCCAAAGCUGAAAUCUCUUUCUGUUUUCUGUUUUCUGUUCACUUUUAUCGUCUUUUUUUUUUUUUCAAAUUGUAGUAUAGUUUUGUUUUCAUUUAUGGGUUCUUUGAAUCUUGGUUUUAAAUUUGUACUACAUUAAAGAAUUCAAAAUUAUGAUGUUUAUGGUUUUCUUGUAAGAAAUAAGUGAAAGGUGAUUCUUCUUUUUUAUAUUUUUUUCGGGGAAAAAAAAAUGUUGUGUGCUUGUUCCGGAGAGCAGUUCAAAACUGAGGAGGCGGCGGCGGCGGCGCCGCCACAUUCUCCGGCGGAAUCCCUGGCGACGAGGGAUUUCUCAGUAAGCGGCCUUUCUUCCACCAUUGAUUGGGAAUCCAAGCUGGAAGAUGCUCAAGUUGACGAAGCCGAGUCCACCUUGAAGGAGGCACUUUCUUUAAACUAUGAGGAAGCAAGAGCAUUGUUGGGGAGGCUUGAGUACCAAAAGGGUAAUUACGAUGCUGCCCUUCAAGUUUUUCAAGGGAUUGACAUCAAACUGUUGUCUCCGAGAAUGUCGAAAGCCAUUGCCGAAGGAACUCGCCCCCGAAAAUCACGGUCCAGGGGCAGAAAUGUAAAACUCUCUGCUUCAAUGUCACUUCAUUCAGUCAGCCUACUUCUUGAAGCAAUUCUGCUUAAAUCCAAAUCUUUAGCCGAGCUUGGUCGAAUUAAAGAAUCUGCGAAAGAGUGCAAGCUAAUAUUGGACACAGUCGAAUCAGCUCUGCCAAACGGCACGCACCAAAACAUCAACCAAGACACCAAAUUGCUUGAAACGUUCCACACUGCACUUGAACUGCUCCCCACGCUAUGGUUACACGCGGGUCACCUAGACGAAUCCGUCACAGCCUACCGAAGGGCUCUCCUCAAACCUUGGAACUUGCACCCGCAAAGGCUCGCCAAACUUCAAAAGGACUUAGCCUCCACACUCCUCUACUCCGGCAUCGGCAUCGAAGAAUCCAUCCUCCUAUUAUUCGUACUCAUGCACAAGAUUCUGCAUUGUGAAAUUGCGUGGGACCCACAAAUUAUGGAUCAUUUGACUUUCGCGCUCUCAAUUUCCGGGCAGUUCGAGUACUUGGCAAAUCACGUGGAGCAAGUUCUUCCGGGUGUGUAUAAUCGAGUCGAGAGAUGGUAUUUUCUCGCGCUUUGUUAUAGUGCUGCGGGUGACAAUCGAACGGCACUCAACCUUCUAAAGAAAGUGUCGGGAUUUUCGGAAAAUAAUAAAAAAACCCAUUUGCCCUCGUUCUUGCUCGGAGCAAAAUUAUGCUCUCAAGAUCCGAACGAAUGUAAAGAAGGGAUAAAUUUCGCGCAUAGAGUAAUUAAUGCUCCGUUGGGCAAAAACGAGCACCAUAUCGUUAGCCAAGCCCAUAAGUUUCUUGGAUUGUGCUAUGGAAACUUGGCGAGAAUUUCGGUUUCGGAUUUCGAGAGAGUUCGUUUACAUAGAGAGUCGAUUGACUCGUUGAACCGUACUUGUAAGGACCCGGAGAUUAUUUUUUGUUUAGGGAUGGAAAAUGCUGUGCAGAGGAAUUUGACUUUGGCGUUUGACCGAGCGAUGGUGUACUCGAAAACGAGCGGCGGGAGUUCGGUCAAGGUUUGGAAAUUAUUGGCUCUUAUUGCUUCGGCGGAGCAGAGAUUGAAAGAUGCCGAAGCUAUAGUUGAUGUUGCAUUGGAUGAAACGGGAAAUAUCGACCAGCUCGAGCUUUUGAGGUUGAAAGCGAUUGUUCAAAUCGCUCAAGAGCAACCGAAACGAGCCAUCGAGACUUAUAGGAUUUUGCUGUCACUAGUUCAGGGAAACACCAAUGAGGUAAUAGUAGGUGAGAGAAGAUUGGAGUUAGAAGCAUGGUUAGAUUUGGCCGGACUUUAUUCGGAGCACGAGUUAUGGGUCGAUUCGGAUAUUUGCAUUAAAAAAGCAAGGUCGAUUCAAUUUUACUCGCCUCGAAGUUGGCACACUACAGGUAGACUAUUUGAAGCCCAAGAGCAAUAUAAAGAAGCAAUAGUUGCCUUCUCGGUUUCUUUAUCGAUAGAUUCCGAUUACGUGCCGAGUAUAAUUUCGACCGCGGAGACAUUAAUGAAGAUGGGGAAUAAAAAGUCGAUUCCAAUUGCAAAGAGCUUUUUGAUGAACGCGGUUCGUUUGGAGCCGACGAAUCACGACGCUUGGUUUAAUUUAGGGAAGAUUUAUAAGAUUGAAGGAUUAUUUGAGCAAGCUGCGGAUUCGUUUCAAGCUGCUCAUGAGCUCAAGCUAUCUGCUCCCGUUCAAAGCUUUCAAUCGAGCUAAGUAAAUAAAUUAAAAAAACGAAGAAAAAACCAUGUAUUGAUUCGACAAACACGGUUGUUAACUUUUAUGAAUAUUGGGAAAUUUAACCGUGCUCGAUUUUUUUGUUAAUCGACUUUGUACAGAUGACUGUAAUUUUUUUUUUAAUGAAAACAUGCAAAUGAAGGGAAAGGAAUUUAGCUUAUUGUA